GGCAUUCAGCUCUACGUCCAGAUUUCCAAUAAAAAUGGAAUGCUAUGCCAACACAAGGCUACGCUUGGAUGUUUUCUGUGGUUUCGUGGUAGAUACCUAGCAUUCACAGCAGCUCACCCCUUUCUCGACCUCCUACUGUCACCUGAUAGCGAUGAAGAGAGCGAGCUGGAUUUCCCAUUCGAAGAUGAAUCUGAGAUCAGCUCUUUUGAGUCGGACGAGGACGACGCCGAGAGAACGCGAGAAGCUAGCUUUCCAUCCACUCACUCUAAGAGAAAACAUCACGAGGGGGCUGCUCACACUUCUGAGCCAGAAGUAUUCGAUGGAUCAUGCCAGCAACCGGCUUGAGGAAUUCGGUUUUCUAUUUGAAUCUUCUAUUGAACGCGGAAAUGAAGGCAGCUUGGAUUGGGCUUUGAUUGAGAUCACCCAACCUCGACUCGAUUCGGACACAAUUGCGCUCAUGAAUGGCUCUCCCAAUUUUGUAGUACUUCGCCACAAGCCUCUAGAAACUAAAGUGUUUGCUAAGACAGCCUCAAAUGGCAUUCGACACGGAGAUCUCUCGCCGAUGCCCACAUUUAUGCUGUUACCUGGAAGUCCGAAUUUCCAAGAGAUUUGGACAGUGCGGUUUGAUGGCAAUCUUGAAAAGGGCGAUUGUGGGACUUUGGUCGUUGAUUCCGGAGGGAACAUUUACGGCCAUCUUGUCGCUGGAGACCUUGAGAACAGAAUCGGCUACAUAAUACCAGCUACCCAAACAUUUGAAAGCAUGAAACAAUAAAUCGGGGAUGACCUUUCAACAUUUCGACCUCCAUUGACCGUUUUGGAUGCCCUCAUACCCCCAAAGUCAAGUGAACCAAGGGGCUCAUCAAUCCUAGAAGCGAGGCGUCCAUUAAGAACUUCCUCAGAUACUCUCCGAAGUAUUCGUCAACAGGACACUUCGAGUUUCCCCACAUCCUCAGAAGCAAGGGCAGCAUAUCAUGUGACUCCAAGCCAACUUGUCAGUUC